AUGGGUUGUGUUCAAGGCAAGGGGAUCAAUUAUAAGCCGCCAAGGGGCCUUGAAAAGUUGAAACUCGAUAAUGGGUAUGUUAAAGGCGGUAUGGGAAGCAGACCCAUUGCUCAGAAGCAGCAAUUGAAGGAUCCAAACAAUAUACCUCGGCACGAGGGGGUUAAUAAGAAUGUGGGUGUUGUUGUUGAUGGCAAUGGUAGAGGAGGAGAGAGGAAGGUUAGUAGAGAAGGAGAGAGACGAAUUAAUGGCGGUGGUAAUGUUUCACAGAGGAUUACAGUUAAGAAGAUUGAUGCAGAUGAGCUGAUUGAUGGUUGGCCUAAGUGGCUUGUCGAUAACAUUCCUGAAGAUGCUUUGGCUGGUUUGGUUCGAAAAAGUGCUGAUUCAUAUGACAAGCUUGCUAAGGUAGGCCAUGGAACCUAUAGCAAUGUGUAUAAAGCUCGAGACAGGGAAACUGGGAAGAUUGUUGCCCUGAAGAAAGUAAGGUUUGACACUUCAGAACCUGAAAGUGUAAAAUUUAUGGCUAGGGAGAUCAUCAUACUACAGAAGUUAGACCACCCCAAUAUCAUCAAGCUUGAGGGACUAGCCACCUCAAGAAUGCAGUACAGUCUCUAUUUGGUUUUUGAUUUUAUGCAGUCAGACUUAACCAGAGUUAUCUCCCGUCCAGAGGGAAAACUAACUGAGCCUCAGGUCAAGUGCUAUAUGAAGCAGCUGCUUUCAGGCCUUCAGCAUUGCCAUGGGAGAGGAAUUUUACAUAGGGACAUAAAAGGAUCUAACUUGUUGAUAGACAAAAGUGGGAUGCUGAAAAUUGCAGAUUUUGGGCUUGCAAAUUUUUACCAACCUAAACAGAAGCGCCCCCUAACUAGCCGAGUUGUGACACUCUGGUAUAGAGCUCCAGAGCUACUUUUAGGCUCCACAGAUUAUGGAGUUGGUAUUGAUCUUUGGAGCACAGGUUGCCUUUUGGCAGAGAUGUUUGAAGGAAGGCCCAUUAUGCCUGGUAGGACAGAGGUUGAGCAACUUCAUAGGAUUUUCAAGCUUUGUGGUGCACCGCCAGAAGAUUAUUGGAAGAAAAUGAAACCACCUACAACCUUCCGACCACCACAACCGUACAAACCCAGUUUUCAGGAAGCCUUGACAAAUUUUCCCAACUCUGCAUUUCGUCUUUUGACCUCAUUUCUAGCUUUGGAUCCAGCAUAUCGUGGCACUGCUGCUUCUGCUCUUGAAAGUGAAUUUUUUAUUUCAAGUCCAUUAGCAUGCGAUCUCUUGGGUCUACCUGUGAUGAGCAAAGAGGAGGAUGAGCCAGCACAACUCAAUUAUAGGAGGAGGAACAGCAUCUCGAAAACAAAGCAAAGGUCUCGGAGGAACCGUGAAGGUCAUAGAAGAAAAGACUCAAUUUCUGGACAAGCCAAAGAAUUUUCUGGAUCUUCUAGAGAGGGAAAGCAUGCAGAGGCAAACUUACAAAGCCAAGAGAUAAUUAACAGUGCCAGCAGCACUUCUUCUGGAAGAAAACCAAGCACAAUUCACGGAAGCCCGCCUCCUUCACCUUCUCCACGUUUUCAUUCUCAGCGUAACCGAUCUGCGAAAACUGAGGCACAUCCUAACGCUCUAAAGAAUGUCAAGAACUUCCCCCUCUUACUAGCCUCUAUGACAGAGACAGCCAAACACCUUGAAGAAAAUAGAUUGGGACUCAAUCGCAGGUCCAUCUCUACUGUUGAUUUCAGGACUCUUGAUUUAGAGAAGAUAUCAAAACUCUUUGGCGUGCCAGAUAAUUAGGCUAGAUUAUGCUGCUGGGCUCAAACAUUUCAUGGUACACACAUUACUUUGCCUUGUAUUACCUUCUAUUUAGUUUACCUGAGCUAUGAAUAAAUAAAUAUAGUUUUGUGGCUAUUUUAUGUCAGUUAUUGCU